CGCCCCGUCCUCCGUUUCCGCUGCUAGGGUUUCUUUGUCUUCCGUGGCGCAGGUAUGAAGCGAUCCGUUGCCGUUGUCUUUUGUCUCACCCAAAUUAUGGCUUAGUAGCAGCUCCAUCUGGGUCUACCGAUGGUGCUUCCUCAGUCGAACACCGGUAUCUUCGUUGGGCUCAACAAAGGGCACAUCGUCAGGAAGAGGGAGUUUUCCCCUCCCGACCUUCCAGCAGAAAAGGUGUAUGAAUGUGAAAUCCCUGAGAAUGGAUUCUUGUUUAAUUCUUUAGUUGGAAAUUGGGGGAAUAUAUAUUUGUUUUCUAUUUUACAAGAUGGGAUGAUUGUUUGCACACAAGAGAUUGAUUUAUGAUUAGAUCAAAUGACUACUUUUAGAUGGAGACAUGGAACGGCCGCUGAUUGACUUUGUGAGUUUACUGUGACGAGUUGGAUGGUAUGUUUAAAUGCAAGCUAUUAACCACACUUUGAGGCAAAAGAUCCCCGACCUCAUAUCGCCGAGACUUUCGGCUUUGUUAUUGUUGUUGUUGUUGUUAUUGUUAUUUAUGUGUUCUUUCCUUGAGUUUCAUACGAUAUUGUUGAAACAAACCAUGACUGUGUAUUAUAGACCAUGGAAUUCUUGCUAUACACUUUGUUUCUGAUAUAGAAAUUGUACUUGCAAUAUAGAAUCCUCUCUGAUGUCUUGCAUCAUCAUCUACUUGAGAGGAACAGGUAGCUAGCUAUAUUAUAAACCAGUUAAUGCAGAACAAAUCAGAAAGUUGCUAAUAUUUCUAACUAUAUAUAACCUGAUUCGGAAUUGUAGUUAUCUUCUUUUCUUUUUGAUUUUUUCUUUGCCUUGGAUAUUAGUUCUUGUUAUACAAUCUAAAUGACAGAUAUGGUGUUUUUUUUUUAAAAGUCAAUGGAUCAAAGCUGAUAAAUACUUUUUUUUCUACCAUAUGCUUCCAACUUCUAUCUCUUGCUAGUUGCAUACAGUAAAAUGACAAUUAUACUCCAGAAAUCUAGCGAGAGGGUUUAUUUAUCAGGAACUUGAUCAGGGAAGUGGGUUGCUUUGUCCCAUAUGAAAAGAGGAUCACUGAGCUUCUGAAAGUCGCUAAGGACAACAUGAACUGAAAGUUGCAAAAAGAACGCUGGGAACUCGAGAAAGAGCCAAGAGAAGAAAGAGGAGAUGGCUGAUGUGCUUCGGGUGAUGAGAUACAUAACAUGAAUGAAAGAAUGCCUCAGAGAGAGACGCCGACAAAGCCAUAUACUUGACUUGCAAGGGAGCUAAAACACAUCGCCAAUAGAUGUCGAUGACAGUUCACCGGUCAUGAGAGGACAUGUGGAUCUUCGUGGAUGUUCUCAUUCGACUAUGGCCAAAAUGUAUUAUGUCGAUCUGAGAAAAGUUAGCUUUCGCACGUCACGAAUACCGGUUGUGGUCGCUUUACGUCGGAAGUGGAGUCAUUCAUGUGGGAUUAGGUCUGGUUGUUGGAGCGGCCGUGUAAACCCUGCCAACGCGCGGUUUGGUGUACACGUCACGGGGUUGACUAAACCGAGAAACCUGAGAACGAUGCAUCAAGUAAACAGGUCCAAGUCGAGCAAGACUUUGACUCUCGGUCAUCAAUCUCCCUCCUGCCCAGCUUGCUUCAAAUCCCUAGCCUCUUUCGAUUGCUGCUUCUGGGAAGCUAGGCGAUGGAGGAGAAAGAGAAGGGAUUGAUGGUGGCAGGGGAGGCGGUGGUGCGGCGGCUGGCGGAGGCGGUGGAGGAGAUCGCUGCCAUCUCCGACUACCGGAACGCCUACAGGAAGCCGUUGUGCAGCCUCGCUCGGCGGAUCAGGCUCCUCGCACCCAUGUUCGACGAGCUGGGGGACGGGCGCGACCCGAUCACGGAGCCGGUGGCGAGAACCCUAGCCCCGCUCGAGGACGCGUUUGCUGCCGCCAAGGACCUCCUCCGGCUCGGCAGCGAGGGGAGCAAGAUCUUCUUGGUCCUAGAGAGGGAGAAGAUGAUCAAAAGAUUUCAUGACGUAAUUUCUCAAAUAGAUCAAGCUUUGGAUGGGAUUUCCUUUGAUAAACUUGAAAUAUCAGAAGAAGUUAGAGAACAGAUUGAGUUGGUACAUGCUCAAUUCAAAAGAGCCAAAGAACGAGAUGACAUGCCCGAUGCUGAGCUGUAUUCUAAUCUCUUAUCUCUAUACAACAAGAGCAAUGAUGCCAUUUUAGAUCCAUAUACUUUAGAAAGAUUGGCAGAACAAUUACAGCUAGUCACCAUCUGUGAUCUUACACAAGAAUCAUUAGCUUUGCAUGAGAUGGUCUUUGCAAGUGGUGGAGAUCCUGGAGAAAACAUUGAAAAGAUGUCAAUGUUGUUAAAGAAGAUAAAAGAUUUUGUGCAGACCCAGAACCCUGAGAUGGGCACUCGCUCAGAUUCAAAGCCUUUCCUGUUGGAUGGAAAGCCAAAAGUUCCUAUUGUUCCUGAUGAUUUCCGCUGUCCAAUCUCACUGGAGUUGAUGAAAGAUCCAGUCAUUGUGGCCACUGGGCAGACUUAUGAGCGGACAUGCAUCGAAAAGUGGCUGGCGUCUGGCCAUGACACUUGUCCAAAAACUCAACAGAGGCUAUCUAAUGCAUCAUUAACUCCAAACUAUGUCCUUCGGAGCCUCAUAGAACAGUGGUGUGAAGCCAAUGGCAUGGAUCCACCCAAGUGCCCAUCCCGAUCUACUAAUCCCAGCUCAGCUUGCUCGUCACGUGAACUUGCUAAUAUAGAUGCACUUCUCUGCAAGUUAUCCUCCCCAAAUCUUGAUGACCAACUAGCAGCUGCUGGAGAGCUUCGUCUGCUGGCUAAGCGGAAUGUUGACAACCGCAUUUGCAUAGCUAAGGCUGGUGCUAUUCCCCUCCUCAUAAAUCUACUCUCAUCCAAAAAUUUAUGCACCCAGGAGCAUGCCGUCACUGCCCUUCUGAAUCUUUCCAUCCAUGAUGACAAUAAAGCAAUAAUAAUCUCUUCAGGGGCCAUACCUGGUAUCGUCCAUGUUCUAAGAGAUGGUAGCAUGGAAGCACGGGAGAAUGCUGCAGCAACACUCUUUAGUCUUUCAGUGGUGGAUGAAUAUAAGGUGACCGUCGGGGCAUCAGGGGCGAUCCCUGCAUUGGUGUCACUGCUGAGUGAAGGCACACACAGAGGGAAGAAAGAUGCGGCAACAGCACUGUUUAAUCUGUGCAUAUACCAAGUGAACAAGGGGAAGGCAGUGAGGGCAGGUGUGGUUCCACUAGUUAUGGGGCUUCUUACAGAACCUGCAGAGUCUAUGUUGGAUGAAUCUAUGGCAAUAUUGGCCCUACUGUCAAGCCACCCGGAAGGGAAAUCUGCGAUUGCAGCUGCUCAGGCUGUCCCUCUGCUGGCGGAGAUGAUAGCAAAUGGCUCUCCCAGGAACAGAGAGAAUGCCGCAGCUACUCUGCUGAAUCUUAGCGACGGAGAGCAGCAGCUCGGUACCAUGGCUGCGGCACAGGAAUGUGGGAUAAUGGGACCACUGCAAGAAUUGGCCAUCAGUGGCACAGAACGGGGGAAGAGGAAAGCCGUGCAGUUGCUAGAACGCAUGAAUGGAUUCUUGGUGCAGCAGCAUGAGGCAUAUGCUCAAGCUGAGGCUUCAACCCAGACUCAGGGUCACAUCCAUGCUCAGAGUGAGCCAAGAAUGAAUGUGACCUCCACGGAUUCCGUUGACACCUAGCUUUUUCUUCAUUGGGAGGUUGUGAUAUGCGUAUCAGAACAUUUUGCCUGCUGAUGCUUUGUGGCUUUUGCAAUUAUGUGUAAACAAAGAGCACGAGUUUUUAACAUUGAGCUGUAAAUGUAUCAUCAAUCACAUGGUUGUACGUGGAAAAUGACUUCCAUUUGGUUUGUGGACUUGUAUGGUUUGUGGACUUGUAAGUUUGCUAAAGUACGAGAACACUGAUAUGUUAAAAUGGAUAGUUGCAGAUUCAAAAGCUUCA